GGUUAUUUUGUUAUUGAUCGCGAUUGAAUGUAAUUCAAAUUCAUAAUUAUUGUACAUUAGAGAUUUUUUUGUUUUCAAGGAGCAAAUAAUGAAGUGAAUGAUCUUAUGGAGUGUGUGCGGAAAACCAAAUAUUAGUGUCGCAAACGUAUGCGCCUAGGCGUUCGUAUUUCCUGUUAUAAUGGAGACAAUAAAUGUGAAUGCUGCAUCUUUAUGCAACUAUGAGGUGAUGCUGAUUCUCCAAAAACUGAAAGACACAACUCAAAAAAAACACAAAAGAGAAGGCUACUUAGCAACUGUUACAUAUGAGACCCUCCAUUACCUGCAAGAUACGGAAUGCAAGAAUCAAACACCAGAGUCUAUAGGAAAGUUUAUGAAUGCUAUGAAAAAGUUUAAACUGACCAAAACUGAGAAACUCAUGAUGGUCAACACUCCACCGAGAACAGAACUUGAGAUUCAACUGAUUGUACAAGAGAGUGAGGAACGUCUUUCAGAAGACGAUGUCCGCGAAAUAAUUGAUAUUAUCAACAACUUGUUUCCUCCGAGCAAGACGUCCUGACAGACUGACAAUGCUGCCUCUGUGAGUCAGAAAGAGAGCAGCGCCCCAGCUGGUGUUGACAUCCCGAGCCAGUAAGGGAUGUUCUGAGUACGCUGGAUCCAGCUAAGUACCGCAUAUUACAAUGAUUGAUCUCUAUCUUAUCUCGACAGUACAGUUUAGUUUACAGUACUCAAAUAUGUAAUAAUAGUAAGGUUAUGAAAUACGUAGCUGCAUACAUUCAAAUAUAUUCUUUCUUUCUGUGUCCUUUAUUGACAUGAACUCUACACAGAUAUUUAAAGGACUUUUCAAAAUAAUUACAUGUUUAUAUGUAUUGUAGUAUCUCGUAAUGAAAUUAUCUACAUGUAACAAAUCUAAAUAAAUGUAGAUAAAUCUAGGAAGUAGAUAGUGAAUUUAAUAAUAAAAAAGCUUUUUAAGUAGUGAUAUUUACAAUAAAAUAGUCACGAAAAUUUAACGGUACCAUGCGCUUAUAUUGCGUAACAUAACCUACAAAAUAUAUUUCCAAUACACUACACGUUUGAAUCGACAACCGGUAAUCAGUAUGACAUCAAGCGUAUCAAAGAUCAAGGUCGUUUACAUGUAACAGUUGUAACAUUAGGUUAUGAAAUCAACCACGUGUUUAUAUGUCGUUAUUACCUACAUUUAUGACCUUGUAAUGUCUUCAAUAAUAUUUAGAAUCAAAAUAAAGAAAACUAAUAACUUAA